GACAACAAAAUCGCAACCGGGCGCGCUCUCGUGCAAAGUGACAUCAAGUUAAACUUCUUUAUGGUUUCUAAACAUGUGGUGGGGUUAAAAAGAAGCAUUUAAAAAGUUAAAUAGCUAAAUCCGGCCUUUGUUAAAUGGGAGUGAGCGGUGUGAGGGGGAAAAAAACCCACAGAGUGAGCUCUCACAGGCAGGCAGGCUCUCUCUGAGGAUAUACAGUAUGUCAAAGUCUUUGUGCUGUUAGCAUCGACGAAAAAAAGGGGGGAAAAACAACAAGCUUUGCAUUGCAAACUCCCCGUUAGCUUGUCUGCUAGAAGCCCACCCGCCCGCCAGGUGAUGAUUUGUGAAGAUGGAGGUUCCUGAAUAUUUGGAUUUGGACGAGAUCGACUUCUCGGACGAUGCUGUAUGUUCCUUUUCGUCUCUGAAGAACAUUCCAGAGUUGUCGAGACGAAGCGAUGCUCAGGCUGAGGAGAGAGCUGUUCCUUCCAUCAACUGGAGUCGUGGAGUGGCGUCCCAUGUGGGCACGGUGGGAAUCAAACCCACGGGUGCUACCGAAGCUCACGGUAAAUUCCGUCCCGUCAAGAGGGUUUCUCCUCUCAAGCAUCAGCCCGAGACCAGAGAGGAGCCUCCGGGCCGGGAUGCCAAGCUUCGAGACCGGGAGCCGACCGCCGCCGAGGACCACCGUCUGCCUGGCGAAACCGCGGGAGCGAAGAUGGUGGACACUGCUGGCACCAGUCCAGCCGCCAACCUCGGGGAGCUGGAGCACUACGACCUGGACAUGGACGAGAUCCUGGACGUGCCGUUCAUCAAAUCGUCCGGCCGACGGACAUCAACGUUGCCGAGAGCCCCGGACAAGCGAGUGGUGAGCGCGGGCGAUGUGGGCGGAGCCACGCUGGAAAGACAACGAAGGCACAACAAUAAAAACAACAAAGAAGACGACAAUGGCAACAAUGCAUCGGCACAGAUGUGCGUCCUGUCUCCUCUGAAGUGGUCGGAUCUGAGGAAGUCCAAGUCCUCGGAUCAGGACCCGCCCCACCUUCUUCGUUCUCAGUCUUCAGGUGGCUUCCAACAUCACCUUCGUCAAUAUCAAGAAGUAGCGCUAUCGUCUUCUUCCUCGCUGCUCAGCUGCCCCUCGUCGCUGUCUUCCUUCCCUGAAGGAGACAAGCUGCUGUCAGCAAGGGUGUUCCCAGAAGCACAGAACCUCAACCAGCACCAGCGGCUGGGCCCGGAACCUCCGGUGGGCCCGGCCGGCGUCUUGUUCCCCCAGCUGGCCGCGCAGGACGCCUCCAAAACCCGAACCUCUGCGGGAGGACAGCACGGAGGAGCCAGAGGGGUGGAGUUGGAUGAGGAAAGCAAGAAGAAGUACAACAUCAUCAACAUUGUCAGGGAAGGUCAAAUCUCGCUCUUGCCUCACCUGGCCGCCGACAACCUAUCGCUGAUCCGCGACGAGAUGGGAAACAACCUUCUCCACGUGUCAGCAUCUCAGGGCCACGCUGAAUGUCUCCAGCAUCUCACUUCUCUGAUGGGAGAGGACGGACUCAACGAACGCAACCAGCAGCAGCUCACGCCCGCCGGACUCGCUGUCAAGAACGGUCACCUCGAGUGUGUGCGUUGGAUGGUGAGCGAGACUGAGGCCAUCGCAGAGCUGAGCUGCACCAGAGAACAUCCGAGCUUGAUACACUACGCCGCUCGCUACGGACAGGAAAAGGUGUUGCUGUGGCUGCUCCAGUUCAUGCAGGAACAAGCCAUCUCUCUAGAUGAGGUGGACCACAACGGCAACACGGGCGUCCAUGUGGCUGCGCUGUACGGACAUCUGACCUGUAUACAGACGCUGGUGGAGUACGGCUCCAACGUGACGGUUUCCAACCAGCAGGGCGAGCGACCGUCGCAGCUGGCGGAGCGUCAAGGUCACGGCUCUUGCGCCCGCUACCUGGUCGUCGUGGAAACUUGCAUGUCCUUAGCCUCGCAGGUCGUCAAGCUGACCAAGCGGCUCACAGAACAAGCGGCUGAGAAGGCCACCCUACAGAAACGGCUACACAAACUGGACAACAGCUGUCCGUCCGGCUCGGAGGCUUGGCCCGAGAUGACGCUGAGCGCGGAAGGAACGUCCGUGGAUGGCGAUUGGCUGGUGCGUCAGGAGACCGGACCUCGGAAAGACAUCUGCGAUACCGCCGGGGUUCCCGGCCGUCGUUGCGGUGCGGCGGCUGAAAAGCGCGACCGGAAGCCGGCGCGUCUGAAGCUGAUGACGCAAAGCUCACUCUGCGAAUCGGAUUCCGAUGCGGCCCCGAGACCCGAUAGGCCGACGCGCCUGCCGAUCGACGAUGAGGAGCGCACGUACCCGGCGUUGUGGAAACGUCUUCCGCCGGCCGACAGGAAGUCAACGGACGGCCCCGCAGAGGCGGGGUGCGACCCGGACACCGGCCCCGACGCCACCGGCUCUCCCAAGGCGGUGGCCACCAGCCCCAAAAGCGCCCUCAAGUCGCCGUCGACGCGCAGGAAGACGCCGCAUAGCCUCAAACUCAGGGUCACUUUUAAUGAGAACCUCCAUCAGGAGGCGGAGCCUAGCAGAGCGGCAGCCACCGGCAAGGAGGCCCCGCCCGCUGGAAACUUGGAGGCCAAGAGACCCUUUGGGGCACUGCGCUCCAUCAUGGAGACGCUAAGCGGAAAUGCAAAUAACAACAACAACACGCACAAUGCAACACACAACCAGUACAAGAACAAAAACAGAAGUGCAAACGUGUGAACGCAUUGUGUCAUCUUGACAUUUUUUAUAAUCACUUUAUUCAUGGCGUCACUUUUUUAAAACAUUUUUUUAAACCGGGCUGUUGCGGACCUUGUCAAUCAUCCCACUUAAAUAGUCAUAAAUAUCAAAAAAUGGGGAAAAAAAUGCAAAUUAAAAAGUUAUGAUUCAUAAAAAAUAUAUAAAUAAUUCAAAUUAAAUUUUAAAAGAUAAAUUGUAAUAAAUUGAAAAACAGACGAAUAAAGACAUAAAUUCAAAUAAGUGUGUAUUUUACUCUGGGAAUUUUAUUUAUUUAUGUAUUUAUUUUACUUUGUGACCUAGCAUAGCUUAACUCUUGCUGCCAUUGACUGAUGGCAUUAAUGGAUUGGACGUGUAUUGGCGUCAAUCACUUUUUUCAAUAUCAAUUUCUCUCUUACGCAAUAUCACAAAUACAUAACAUACCUGACCUGGCAGUGAACGAGUUAAGCUAAUGCUAACUUAUCAAUAGACGUCCACUUUAGUCCACACUGUCUCCGAAAGGGUUCAAUCGUCUUGGGUGGAGGAAGUGGUAGCGGGAAAGACGGUGCAGAGGUCAAAGGUCAUCCAGGCGCUCAACAAUUGCCCGAAUUGCGGAACUCGCCGUUUUCCGUGAUCUGCAAGGACGACGUGUUGCUAGGCGACAAACCGUUCCUCUGCUGCGGCACCCCGUAACGCUCUUUAAGUUGAGCUAACGCCGCCAUCAGGCGACUGUUGGUAGCAUCCAGAUUGGCUAGCCGUUUCUCCUGUAACACGCAAACACAAACAAUAUUUGCUCAAAAACAAAUGCAAUAAAGGACAAUAAACCACC